AUGGUCCGUCGCUUUAUCUGGGAAUGCUGGACUGCUGCACUACUCGCAUCAACGGCGAGGGGAGACUAUGUGUCGACCAACUACGAUAGCUACAACGAUGGGAAUCUCGGUCAUCGCCCUCAUCUGGAGUUUCAAACAAGCAGCGAAUACGCACCUCUUCUCCAAGUGAACAUCUGGAAACCCGACGCAAUCUCGCAGACAGGCUCGCAUAUCUUCCUCCGCCACGAUGGCAACAACUCUUCACCACUCUCCUCUCCACUGAUACUAGACGCGCACGAUCUGAGCGCCGUGUACAUGAACCGGACGUUUAACAAUGUCUUUGGCACCCGGGUACAGGAGAAUUUUGGCAAGAAGUAUCUGACCUUCUGGGCGGGCGAUAAGGGUAACGGGAUAGGCGAUGGGUAUGGCCUUGCGUACGAUGACACUUACCGGCUAGUCUACAAGAUCUCGGCGCAAAAUAUAAACGUGCAUGCCGACCUACAUGAGUUUGCGUUUACGGGAAAUGGAACGGCGCUGGUUACAGGCGUUAACCACAUCCGUGUGCGUGGAAAUGUUUUGAGCGAGAAGCACGGAUGGAACUAUGUCUUGCCCGACGACCUUGAGCUUGACAUUCUUGACGGAGUCUUCCAGGAGAUCGAUCUCGAGACAAACGAGGUGCUCUUUGACUGGCGGGCGUUGGAUCACGUCAAUCCGCUGGACUCAUUUGAGCCAAUGGGAAGUGGUUGGGAUGCAUACCAUAUCAACAGUAUCCAGAAGACCCAAGCAGGAAACUACAUCAUCUCCAUCCGUCACACUCACUCUAUCUACCUCAUCGACGGCCGCACCGGCAGCAUAAUCUGGACCCUCGGCGGCCGACGCAACAACUUCAUCGAACAGCCAGUUUCAACUUCAAUCAAACCAUCCCUCCUCACAAUGUCCUGGCAACACCACGCGCGCUUCGUCCCCGGCACAAACGAAACCCAACUAACCUUCUUCGACAACCACGCCAAAAUCACAACCCACGGCGAGUGCAGCACAAACUGCUCGCGCGGGCUACACAUCGCCAUCAACACAACCGCCACGCCGCCAAACGCGCAAUUAUUGCAGCAAUUCACGCACCCGGCGAACCUACAGGCUCAAAGUCAAGGGAGCGUGCAGCCGCUUGAUCCGUCAUCAUCAGAUCUAGGAAACGUCUUCAUUGGCUGGGGGCGAUGUCCAACAUUUACAGAGCACAGCGCGUCCGGGGAGACGGUGCUGGAUGUACAGUUCUCGCCGUGGCAUAGCGACGAUAUCCCCGAUGCGCUGGAUAACUACCGAGCGUAUAAGAUGGAUUGGGUGGCGUCGCCGUGGUGGGAUCCUGCUAUUGCAGUGAGGAAGGAUACCAAUGGGACGCUGGCCGCGUAUGUGAGCUGGAAUGGGGCGACGGAGGUGCGCAGCUGGACUAUUCGCGGCUCGGAUGAGAACGGCGUUACCAAAGAAGACGGCAAGAGUGUGUUGCUGGCGACGUCGAGGCGAGCGGGGUUCGAAACCAGGUUGACCAUCUCUCCUGAUGAAUACAAGACCGACUAUCGGUAUAUCUGGGCUGAAGCGCUCAAUGCAAGCGGGAAUAUCCUCCGAUCAAGCAAAGUCGUGGACCUGGAUGCGGCGGAUCUACCAAACGAUUCCCAUUCCGCAGCGGUAUACGCGGACCUCGGACUUUCGUCAACCUUCUCACUCUCAGAUACCAUAGCAAAAUCCAACAACGCCACAACCUCCGCGAGCUACAAUACCACCGCCGCUGGCCAAUCCGCACCCCAAGGCCACGUGCGCGGCUUAUCAAAGGCAGCAGCAGCAUUGCUAGGCACCGGGGCUAGCGUCCUGGCGCUGACGAUCGUAUCCGCCCUCGUGGUUUACAUCCGCCGCCGGCGACGCCAGCAGCAGCGGGAUGGCGGCUAUGACAGCUUACCGCUGAAAGCAUCUGAUUUCGAGUUGGGGUCUGAUGUGGACGAGGAUGAGGAUCGCCGGGACGAUGAUGCUGCCGCUGACGGGGUGACCAAGUGCCCGAGGGCUGGCGAGGAGGAUAAGCAGGCUUUGCUUUCCAAACCGGGUUGA